CCUUAAAUGGGCCUGAAGGACUGGGACUUGGACGCUAUAUAAGUCUACUCACAACGGAAUUUCCUCCGUUUCUAUCAUUUCCUCUCAAUCUAUUCACUUUCUAUUAUCUGAUUCUCUUAACAUCCUGUUUUAAUCUCCAGCUUUCCAUCAUGACGCCCAAAAAAGCUGAAUUAAAGAAGGAAGCAGUGAAAAUGUCUCCAGAACCAGAAACUGCUAAAGAACCGGAUUUCGACCCCCUAACUAUCAAGAUUGAGUUCAGCACUGAUCAGAUCGAAGAGUUUAAAGAAGCCUUCCAGCUCUUUGACAGAACUUCAGACAAUCAGAAGAUCUCGUUCUCUCAGUGUGGAGACGUUAUGAGAGCUCUCGGACAAAAUCCCACCAACACUGAAGUCCUCCGAGUGCUGGGAACAACCAAACUUGAGGACAUGGACAGUAAACUGGUGGACUUUGAGACCUUCCUGCCAAUGCUGCAACAUGUGGCAAAGUCCAGAGACAAAGGGACAUACGAGGACUUUGUGGAAGGCCUGAGAGUUUUUGAUAAAGAAGGAAACGGGGCAGUGAUGGGUGCUGAGCUGAGACACGUUCUGGUCACCCUGGGAGAGAGGAUGACAGAGGGGGAGGUGGACAACCUGCUGGCAGGACAAGAAGACACUAAUGGAUGUAUUAACUAUGAAGCUUUUGUCAAGCACAUGAUGGCUGGCUGAAACUAAACGCUCCUACUCAGAAAGAAGUUCCUGCUUUCUCCGUGUUCACGUGUUCUUAUCUUUAACGUGACAAUAUAUCACAUCACAAAUUAAAUAAACAAUUUUUUGUUGAGAAUCCAGUGUUACAAUAAAACUUAUAAACAU